CUUUAUGAUGAGGCAGACGACAGGGGUGGAAAAGGAGACUGUAGUAUUCAUGUUAGAACUUCCGGAUUCUGGAGUUCUGUGUCCCCUCCACCCUCACGACCGCCUCGGUUGGUUGAGUGCUUUCCGGGUCCCACGCACCUGCCUCUCGCUUCAUCUCUGCGGCUACUCCGCGGGGUCGGCAUGUCCAAAUCUUGCAGGUGACAUGAGAUGAGACUCCUGGGGACUGCAGUUGUCAGCACUGUGUCGCCUCUUUUUCAGUUCUCGUGACGAGAAGAAAAGCUGGCAAUGCUUCCCAAAUGGUGAUUCACGUGAACUCGGCUUAUGGGGGUCACACCACAGUGCGUCAAAUCCUCACGUUGUAUACCUACAACCGGAUUUGUCCUCGGCGAGUGGCUCGGUGUCCUGGGAAACUGCAGGGGGACCCCGGGAGCUCUGUCCUCGCCCCUGGAGGAGGCGUGUGGAGAAGACAGUUCCGUGCAGACCUGGGCGCUCCGGCCUGGCCGUCAGGCCGCCCGGCUCCCGGUUGGGGCCUUUUAACCAAAUACUUUGUGACCUCAGCAGCAAUGGAAGAGUUAAUAGUUGAACUCCGUCUCUUUCUUGAACUCCUGGACCACGAGUACCUAACGUCAACCGUCAGGGAGAAAAAGGCGGUGAUUACCGACAUCCUGCUGAGGAUACAGUCAUCCAAAGGUUUCGAAGUGAAAGACCAUGUUCAGAAGCAAGAGACCCCCAACAGCCUGCCGGCUCCUCCCCAGAUGCCUUUGCCGGAGAUCCCUCAGCCAUGGCUGCCCCCCGACGGCGGGCCGCCACCGCUCCCGACGUCUUCUCUCCCGGAAGCUUAUUACGAGGAGGCCGUGCCCCUGAGCCCUGGGAAGGCUCCGGAAUACAUCACGUCGAAUUACGACUCGGACGCGAUGAGUAGCUCCUACGAGUCGUAUGACGAGGAGGAGGAGGACGGAAAGGGCAAGAAGGCGCGGCACCAGUGGCCGUCCGAGGAGGCCUCCAUGGACCUGGUGAAGGACGCCAAGAUCUGCGCCUUCUUGCUGAGGAAGAAGCGCUUCGGGCAGUGGAGCAAGCUUCUCUGUGUCAUCAAGGACACCAAGCUGCUGUGCUACAAGACUUCCAAGGACCAGCAGCCACAGACGGAGCUGCCGCUGCAAGGCUGCAGCGUCACGUACAUCCCGAAGGACGGCAGGAAGAAGAAGCACGAGCUGAAGAUCAGCCAGCAAGGCACCGACCCGCUGGUCCUCGCGGUGCAGAGCAAGGAGCAGGCCGAGCAGUGGCUGAAGGUGAUCCGAGAGGUCUACAGUGGCUGCAGCGGCCCAGCGGAUUCAGAGGGGCCUCCGCCCUCAAGCUCCCCGGUGCACAAGACGGAGCUGGAGAAGAAACUGUCUUCUGAGAGGCCGAGCUCCGACGGUGAGGGCGCUACCGAAAACGGAAUCACCGUGUGUAAUGGAAAAGAACAAGUUAAGAGGAAGAAAAGUUCCAAAUCAGAGACCAAGGGAACCGUGUCUAAAGUCACUGGGAAGAAGAUCACCAAGAUCAUCGGCUUGGGGAAGAAAAAGCCCUCGACGGAUGAGCAGACCUCGUCCGCGGAGGAGGACGUCCCCACGUGCGGCUAUCUCAACGUGCUCUCCAACAGCCGCUGGCGGGAGCGCUGGUGUCGGGUCAAGGACAACAAGCUCAUUUUCCACAAGGACAGGACCGACCUCAAGACCCACAUCGUUUCCAUCCCUCUGCGCGGCUGUGACGUGAUCCCUGGGUUGGACUCCAAACACCCCCUGACCUUCCGGCUGCUUCGCAAUGGACAGGAGGUGGCGGUGCUGGAGGCGUCCUCCUCAGAGGACAUGGGCAGAUGGAUCGGAAUUUUGCUGGCUGAGACGGGGUCCUCCACAGACCCCGGGGCCCUGCACUACGACUACAUCGACGUGGAGACGUCCGCGAACGUCAUCCAGACAGCCAAACAAACCUUCUGCUUCAUGAACAGGCGUGGCGUCUCCACUAACCCGUACCUGGGGAGCACCUCCAACGGCUACGCCCACCCCAGCGGCACGGCGCUGCAUUACGACGACGUCCCCUGCAUUAACGGCUCGUGGGACCCUGAAGACGGCCCUCCUGCUUCCCGUGCCAGAGGCCUGGGAGAAGAGGUGCUCUAUGAUAACGCAGUCCUGUACGAUAACUUGCCGUCUCCGAAAAUCUUUGCGCGCUACCCGCCUGCUGACAGAAAGGCUUCUAGGCCGUCUGCCGACAGACUGUCCUGUAACCAUUACAAAUACCCUCCCUCCUGCACUCAGUCUGCCACUAACACCUCUUCUCUGGGGAGGGCGUCUUCUGUCGGGCUCAGCUCCCAGCUGAAGGGUAAAAAGCCCCCCGCAGCCUCCGGUGGGGUCCCGGGGAAGGGGAAGACUCCAAGCAGUCAGCAAAAACAAGCCGACUCGGCAUCCAGCGUGAAGCGCACGCCUUCAAAUGCUGACCAGUACAAAUAUGGCAAGAACCGGGUCGAAGCCGAUGCCAAGCUGUUGCAGAGCAAGCAAGAGGAGCUGCUGAAGAGGAAGGAGACCCUGCGGAACAGGCUGGCCCAGCUCCGGAAGGAGAGGAAGGACUUGAGGGCUGCCAUCGAAGUGAAUGCUGGCAGGAAGCCGCAGGCGGUUCUGGAAGGCAAGCUGAAGCGGCUGGAGGAGGAGUGUAAGCAGAAGGAGGCCGAGCGCGUCAACCUGGAGCUGGAACUCACGGAGGUCAAGGAGAGCCUGAAGAAGGCCCUGGCCGGCGGGGUCACUCUGGGCCUGGCCAUCGAGCCCCGAUCAGGGACGUCGAGCCCACAGUCUCCAGUUUUUAGGCAUCGGACUCUGGAGAGCUCACCCAUGUCCAGCUGCGAGACCAGCGAUGCCGAGGGCCCGGUGCCGGUGAACAGCGCGGCCGUGCUGCGGAAGAGCCAGCCUACCGGGAGCUCCCCCUGCCGCGGGCACGUGCUGCGGAAGGCCAAGGAAUGGGAGCUGAAGAACGGGACGUAGAGCACGGCAGGACGCCCCGCCCGCGUGGCCGCGGCACAGGACGCGAGGGUUUGUGACCGAGCUCCGACGCCAGCGCCCACGCCCGCCCGCGCGCACUCUCGCUACUGUUCACGUCCCCCUUAAAGAGACUUCCUGGUAACACUUUGGCUUCCGCCUCCACUUGCCAAAGAGCAGAGAGGACGGGAAGGAGCCCCGUGGCGAACGGGGAGCUGCACCCCUUUCCCGGGUUCCGGGAGCGCCGGGCCCUCGCUGGUGAGCGCGGCCGGCGUGGGCAGGGGCACCGCCCUACCCGUCUGCCCAGAGGCCGGGGUCUCCGCGUCCCUCCCCACGCGCCCGUCCCCCUCGGCACUGGAGGCGGGCACGUGACACGUCUGUGCUGUGAAGCAUCUUUCCCCUUUUACCGUCUUUUUUCUGGACAAAGGCUUUCGUCACCGUGACGUGAAAAGCUGCCAUUCUUUUUAAACUUUAAAAAGAUUCUCCUUUUAUCAUGUGUUGCACUUAGCUCUAAGGGUUCUUCAGAGGUUCUGUACCAUAUUUUAUUAAUUAUUUGUACUGCUUUUGAAAGGCAGCGGAGUGUCUCUGCUGCUCACCAAUGUGUGUCCUUGUCCCCUUCCCCGCUGUCCCCGACCCUGCCUGCCACUCAGAGCCCGCAGGUGCCUCGCGGGAUUACAGUGAAACCUCCACUUACAGACGGGCCAGUCCCGUGAGAGAAGCAGGUUCUGGAAGCCGCCCGGCCACAGAACCAGAGCAUCCUCGUGCGGGACGAGAGCACGGCCCUGCCUCCCGCACGCAGACCCGGAGCGCAGGGGCACUGGGCUGCUCCCAGGCCCGCGGGCCGGGGUCGGGUCCCUGCACCCGUGUGGCGUUUCUAAGAGCCAGGUAAUCUGCUGUGUCUCCAGAGGGACCCUCUCAGGAAUCCUCAGUAAUGGGGGGUGCAGCUACCGAUGGAAUAAAAGUCGGUCACCCCAGGACCCCUCUGCAGACAGAUUCGGGGGCACGCGUCACACACGCGUGGAGGUCGUUUCCUGCACCAUGUGGAGCCGCGGCGGAGCAAGGCUUCCGUCCGCCGCGGGUUCCCCACCAAAUACGGGAACCGCAGACAAGAAGCCAUCUCCCCUGCUUUUCCCCCAGGCGCCCGCGUAGCCUGUCCUGGGCUCCGCCACGGCUCCCACCGCCCUUUCUUCUUAGGGGUCCUGAGGCUGCCUGUGACCUUAGCGAGACAGUUCACAGCAGGGAGUGUGAGCUGUGGAGGUGGGCCGAGCGGAGACACAGCUGUCGCCUGGCCUGUCCCUCAGGGCCCCCCUCACCCGUUAGCAGGUGGAGACAUAUCUCCCCAGCACCCAGCCCAUUCGACCCCCUGGGACAUCGAGGGGGAAUGCCCCCAAGACCUCAGGGCCCAUCUUCCCAGCACUGCUGUCGUCCGUGUGGGAAGCUGGACCGCCUUGCCUUCCUUCUAUGAAACUGAUUUUCUGUAAAAGCAAAAAGUGUGAUCCACCGUAGAUUUUUGCUGCCUUCCGGUCCGGUAAAAUUUCUCAGCGUAAGGCGCUGGGGCCUCUCUGCUUGACAGCCGACUUUGCCCGAGACAGCUGCCCGGUUAGGGCCAUCAGGAGGGAAAGUGUGCAGCCUGUGCGCCCGACCGUGGACAGCACAGCCGGGGAGACCCCAGGCGGUGCUAACCCUCAUCCCCAUGAGUUUGCCCAAGGACACAGCCCAUUGGAGCCAGAGCCUGGACUAGGACUCGGACCCUGGUCCUCACGCUCCUGACGAACAAAACUGGUGUCUAAAACACCAGGUUUUAAAUUCGCUUUCACAGCCACGAACCCUUUAAAGGGGCCAACAGGCUCAGGCGGGUCCUGCGUCCCGCGGAGCCACCUGUGGGGGUCGCGCGGAGAGCAAGUCUGCUGACAUUGGGCUCCUUUGCUGUGCGUUCCCCUCGACGUCUUUAGAUUUGGUCAGAAAGUUAGGUGAAGGGAUUUGCUUCAAAUUAAGUUAUUUAUUUGUAUAUGUUCAAUAAAUAGAGUUUUUAAUUUA